AUGAACACUCCGGGCCUGUCUGCAAACUCGGGGCAGAAAGAUGUCCAAGGGCCCAUGGAGAUGGUGUGGGAGAUCCGAGGUCUGAAUUUGGACCAAACCGAGGAGGAGCCCUUCCCAGCCACCCAGAUUAUACAUAUAAAGGAACAGAAACGUGGGCUGCUCUAUAAAACCGGCCAGACACAGACUGAAAGGGCCCUAUUAAAAUCAAGGGCGGUGAGUGGUCAGAUAGUGAGUGAUUUCAAUGGUGGUAGAGAAAUGACUGGUCAGGAGGCGGCUUUCCCUGACAUUGGCCACUCCUGGGGCCAUUAUCGUGCAGCCAGUACUCAAACUGGCCAACACAUGGACACACAGCAGAGGAACAAUCAGACCAUCCCCAGCAUCACUUGUUUCUUAUCAAAUAAAAGAAAAAUCAAAACAGAAAAAAAUGACGAUGACGAAAUCGCAGAGCAGUUGGAGAAAAAGGAUCAAAUUGCCCAGCACCAAGACAUGUUUAGUUCAAUCUCCAAAGACUUAGGAAAGCCAAUAAUUGUUCAUGCCCUCCCGCCGGCGACCAUGGUGCAACUCCAACCAAUAUCAGUGUCAGAUGUAGUCAAAAGUUCCACUCUUCCCCAGAUACCGUUUCCAUUAAAGAUACAGUCUUUAGCAGGGCCUUCGAAUAAAUUGCAAAGUAAAGAUGUUCCUCUUACAGUGCUUCCUUCAGAAGCAGGUAUGUCACGUUUUAAACAUAAAGGGGGGGAUUUAGAAGUGUCGCCAACACUGUUACGUCUAAUUUGUGGCUUUUUUUUUUUUUUAUAAAUUCUUUAUUUAUUCCAGUAGAAGACACCAAUACAAUAACAAAACCAGCAAAAAAGACUUAUAUACAGUAGAACAGUGACAAAUUCACGAUGGUACCAACAUAUUGAGAAAUACAGUUGUUAUUCAUAUUAAUAACUGAGGCAAAACAGUUCAGUUCCGCAGUACAAGUCUCUAUAACAGUGGUGUUUAAUUUUUGGUAAAUUUUUAACACUAUUUAUUAAAUCGGUUGCUUUUAUUUAAUCCAUUGCUUUUUUUUUGUGGCCUAACAAGCAUUGUUUUGAAUAUACGCAACCAAAAUAUAUCUUUCUUACCACUACUGUUUUUCUGCCUCACAAAAUUUGGGGUUUUCUAAAAUUGAAUUAUUUUGCUAAAACUGUCAGAUUUUAUUAAGAAGACAACUGUCAUUUUUAGAUCAUUUUAAAACACAUGAUCAAAGUAAUGAUUUUAAAAAACAAAACACUGUAUUUUCAGAACACUUUAAUAAAUCUCCCACAGAGUUAUUUUGUGUAAAAUUAGCAGUUUUAUUUUGUAUCUCUCUAUUACAGUUUUUGUGUUUUCCCAGUUUUAAUAACAAUUAUUCAUUUCUAACUGAUUUUUAGUAAUUUUACAUACUGACAAUUCUGAGACAAUUCUGAGAUAUAGAGAGUUUGUCUACACUCUAUAUUUUGCUAAUUCUCCUGCUUAUUAAAUACAUGUCAAAGAAUAUUGACCUGUGUGACCUAGGUUGACCUAUGUGAACUAACAAGCUCUUUCUUUGUAUGUAUGUUAUCAUCAGGAAGUCACAUUGUGAUAUUCUGUUGCAGACACAACUGUAAUCUUUAAAACACAUUGAUGCUUCAAUCAAAAUAGUUUUAUUCUUAUUCAGAUAUAAUUUUAAUUCAAAUAAAACUUAUGUAAAGAUAAAAAUUCAAUUAACAUUUCAAAGAGACACACCAUGCGCUGUAGUGGUUUUGAUGUCAGGAUUGCCGUGCCACUUCAUAAAGUAAGUAGUUGAACUAUUUUAGAACAAUUUGAGUUCUUACCUGGGAUUCACCGGGCAGUGCAGCCUUUAGAGAGCGUGAAGCUUAUUGGCUAUGAACGAUCAGCUGACGAUUUCAGCCUGCACUGCAGUUCCAAGCACAGUAGAGCUAAUGGAAAAAUCCAAAGCAGAAGCUUCCUGCUUUCUGAAAACUGUAGUGGCAUCUCACAGAUCCCAUAUAAGAAGUGAAAUCGCUCUAAAAUAGUUUGACAACUUACAAAAGGAGGGGGGGGGGAGGGCAACUGGACACUCCUGGCACCAUAACCACUACAAGGCGCUAUUUGACUUGUGAUCUGGGUUUCCCAAAGUGCCGCCCCUUUGCUAGUGGCGGCUCCAGACUUUGUGAGGCCUUAGGUGAAACUCAAACAUGAGGCCCCCACGAACAUCCAAAGUAAAACAAAAAUAGGGGUUGUAUUGUGGGUGUAUAAUGAUAUAAGAGCUAGCGUCUGUAUUCAUUGUUUAGAGGCUUGCAGUGUCUAAAGUGAUUGGCCAGAGCUCGCGACACACUUGCCACAUGGUCUUAAGCUCUGCACACAUGCUCAGACUAAAUGGAAGGGCCACCGGGUCCCGUCCUAUUGUCGGAUCCUUGGUCACAAACCGAGGAUCCGACAGGUCACUGUGCACCAAGGCUGUUUAGGAGGCCGCGAGGCCCCAGUAAGUGCAAGACCAUAGGCAGCAAGAUAAAUGGCAUAAUUAAAGAGCCACGUCUGCUCCCCGCCUCCUCAGUUUAGGAGCUUCUGUGAGAAAAGAAAACAAAUGAAACAAAGUCCGCGGGGAGAGUCUGCGGGUAGACACACACCCGGGGGUUAGUGUCUCUAUCUACAGAAUCUGAUCACCAGUGAGGGUACCUCUGGGCUUAACCCUUUAGUAUAAUAAAUGCAAAAAGAAAAUAUGUACACCUCACACACUGAGGGGAUGCUGCCUGGAAAAUAGAAACAGUAACUUGUUGUGAAUAACACUAAUCUAUAUGAUACAUACUUGGGACAUAGUUACAGGCCUUAAAAAUGCUUCUCCUGAAGGGCGGAGCUUGACCAUCACCCUGAGCAGAUUCCAUGCUUUCAAGCUCCUCCGAACAAACACCAAAAAUCUUAAAUAAAUCAAAAUCUAAAGCCCAGCCAGACCCCAAAAGCUAUCAGCUAAGACCCUCAACGUUCCCCUAGGUGAUAGAUGCCUUUUUUUCAACCGAAGACCCAGCCCGGAUGGAGACGGAAAGCCGGGGCCUACCCCACGUUAUCCCUGCCGAGCCUGGAAGCGCUCCUACUACAGCGUGUAAACGACAGCUCCCCCCAGGCAUCACCCAACGCCAUAACCCAUACACCAGCAAUGGGCCGACGAUGUUCCAGAGACCUGUUCAGCCCCGAUCCGCACCGGCGGAGUCCACACAGCAUGCCGCCAGUACGUGGCCCAACACCCAAUCUCAUUUAAACGAGCAAACAGAGGCUGCACAGCUGACAGACACUCACCUGAAGACUCCACACCAACGACCAGACAAGAUCUAAAGGUCCUGUUGGCGGACUUUCAUAAAAUACUUGCUGCUGAACUCGCUCCAAUAAAAAAUGACAUGAAGGCCAUCACAGACCGGGUACAGGCCUCGGAGAGAGACAUUGCAGACAUCCAAACACAGAUGCACAAGCUCCAGACCUCGGUCCAACAAAUCUGGUCCCAUCAAAGAGCCAUCUCAGUUCAAAUAACGGCCAUGGAAGACCGCCACCGCCGCACCAAUAUUAAGAUAAGGGGCAUAUCAACAGCAGUCACAGCGGACGAGCUCCCUCACUAUGUCAGACGUUUACUGACCUCCCUCCUGCCACAUGUGAUGGCUAAAAAACUGACAACCGAGGAAAUAUACCGCCUACCAGGGCCCACAGGGACAUCAACAACGGUACCGAGGGAUGUCAUCUUCCGGUGCGCCACAACACACAACAAAAUACUCAUAAUGUCAGCACUAAAGGGCAAAACCCCCCUGCAAUUCGAAGAAGCAUCCCUGACGUUUUACCAGGAUCUCACAAAAGCAACCCUCCAGUGGUGUAAAACGUUCCAACCAGUGACUAGCCAGCUUCAGUCAGCCAACAUAAGCUACAGAUGGGGAGCGAACGGGUCCCUGACAGUGACCAGAAAUGGCAGCAUUCAAACACUUCCCUCAAUGGAAGACACCACACCGUUCCUGACGGCCCUGGGCCUGACACACUUACUGGAUAACACAGGACCGAGAGCCUCCACCUCUACAUCAGUCUGGGAUCCGGCACACGCAACACCCUUCGUCCCAAGAUCGAUGACUGCUGGAACAGCGGGACCGAAUUCAAACCUCGGGAAAGAUCUGACAUCAGAAGGCUGCUCGGCAGAAAACCUGCCAGCCACACCUGCUGGGUCUAAGCUCGCCUUGGGACUGUCGAUUCAGGACUUUACUAAGGACAUGACUUAGAUAACGUAUAACCUCAUGUUCUCCCAGUUUCUCCCUCCCUCCCCCAUACCCUAUACUUAAGAUUAUGCAAUUGUUCACCUACACAAACACAAGAACAAAGCAAGCAAUCGUGCAUGACACCCCAGGUUGGGAACACCACCACGGCUCCAUCCCCCGUAAUGGGGAUAGACAACACCCCACCACAUGUAACGCUAGAGACAACCUCUGCAUCUCUCACUCAUCCUCCCCCCCCCUCGCUGCUCCCAUGCUUAGGAACCACUAAAAGCAAUACAAGGCGCAGAACCAAACACUCCCCCAGGAGUGAAACACACAAACAUAACCCACACACCUUGUACCCGACGAGGCUACACAACACGCCACUUCACAAACCCACAAGCUGGGCAUCCCAACUCCAGGACCUUCCAUGA